AUGUUGUUGUUGGGCCCACCGAUCGCAUCGGGGACUGAGACCAACAAGGAGACCGGUGCUGAGUCUGAGGCCGGCGCUGAGACUGAGGCCGGCGCUGAGACUCAGACCGGCAUCGAGACCGGCGCUGAGACUAAGACCGGCACUGCCUCGGGGAGCGGAGCCAGUGCUUCGCUGCUGGCUGCCACCGCACAUACUACGGAGGUCGCUGCACUGAAGCAGGACCUUGAGCGGUCUGAGGAAGAGCUCGGCCUUGCCAAGAGGCAGCUCGAGGAGAACAAAGGGGCCACGACCGAGGUGGCAACCCUGAAGAAGGCGUUGUCCGAGGCCGAAAACAAAGCGGCCAAGGAGCGCACUGAGCGGAAAAAGCAAGAAGCCCAGGUAGGCGAGGUGCAGCAAGAGCUCGAGGCUCUCAACAAAAAACACGAGUCCUUGGAGCUUGACUCUAAGACGCGAGAGGCCGAGCUUGCGAAGGCGCUCGAAAGCGCAAAAAACACCAAGGCUGAAGCCCACAAGGCCCUCCAGGAGAUUGAUGCGGUGAAGAAGAUAGCAGCGGGCAAGGCGGAGGCGGACCUCCAGAAGCGCAUUGCCGAGACGCAGAACUGGUUCCGCGAGGGCCACGAGGUACUCAAGGCCGCCCAAGGCGAGCUGGCCAGGCGCGACGUGGAGCUCACCAUGAAGCUCGCCGACAUCGAGAAAGCUCAAGAGACGGCGAGGAACUUGGCCACGACCGCCGAAGCCGCCCGGACCCAGCAUGAGGCCGCGCUGCACUCCUAG